GAUACGUGUCUCGCCGCCAGAGCAUCCUUCCGUCAUGGCGUCUGUUUGGGCUAAAUCCUUCGCUAACCUGCCGGCUCUGUCUGUUUUCUGUCUCCUGCUGCUAUGUCUGCCGCCGGGGGGAGGACAGAAGAAGAAGGAGAACCUGCUGUCAGAGAAGGUUGACCAGAUGAUGGAGUGGUCCUCUCGUCGCUCAGUUGUCCGGAUGAAUGGGGACAAGUUCCGUCGCUUUGUCAAGGCCCCUCCCAGGAACUACUCUGUCAUCGUUAUGUUCACCGCGCUGCAGCCUCAGAGGCAGUGCUCCGUCUGCAGGCAAGCGAAUGAGGAGUACCAGGUGCUGGCGAAUUCAUGGCGUUACUCCUCUGCCUUCUCCAACAAGCUCUUCUUCACUGUGGUGGACUAUGACGAGGGAGCUGAUGUUUUCCAGCAGCUGAACAUGAACAGCGCUCCCACCUUCAUGCAUUUCCCUGCUAAAGGGAAGCCGAAGAGGGCCGAUACAUUUGACCUGCAGAGGAUUGGGUUUGCCUCAGAGCAGCUGGCCAAAUGGAUUGCAGACCGCACUGAUGUUCAGAUCCGUGUCUUCCGCCCCCCAAACUAUUCAGGAACCAUUGCUUUGGCUCUGUUGGUGUCUCUGGUUGGAGGUCUGCUUUACCUGAGAAGGAACAACUUGGAAUUCAUCUACAACAAGACUGGAUGGGCCAUGGCUGCACUGUGUGUGGUGUUUGCCAUGACGUCUGGUCAGAUGUGGAAUCACAUCAGAGGUCCUCCCUACGCCCACAAGAACCCCCAGAACGGACAAGUGAGUUACAUUCAUGGCAGCAGCCAGGCUCAGUUUGUGGCGGAGUCUCACAUCAUCCUUCUUCUGAAUGCAGCUAUCACCAUGGGGAUGGUGCUGCUGAACGAGGCUGCAACCUCUAAGGGAGAUGUCGGCAAGAGGAGGAUCAUUUGCCUGGUUGGCCUUGGCCUGGUGGUGUUUUUCUUCAGCUUCCUGCUCUCCAUCUUCCGGUCUAAGUACCACGGAUACCCCUACAGCUUCCUUAUUAAGUGAAAGCAGAGAAGAGCAGGUCAGAGCAUGAGGAAGAGGCGGCGGUGAGAAGAGAGAGGAAUCGAGAAGAUACUUGAAGAAGAGGCGGAGGUGGCAAUAGUCGAGUCUAGAGUGCAUGAUGUUUUUAUCAAAUGCUAUCAUCAGUUGCUGCAAGCUGAAUAUGAAAUAAAUUAUUCCGUCUUACACUGGAAAAUAAAGGCCUUUGGCUCUUUUCUGCCAGUUA